UUAGAAUUCAAUUUACUAAUAUACUAUACUAUUGUCGUAGCCAUCGGUGCCUUUCAUGUACACGAGGGCACACAUUCUCCGGGUCUAUUGGCAUUAAGUUUCUUAAUUGUGUUGAUGUCGGGUCUCUGUGUGGCCGCCUCUGUAUUCCUGUUGGUUGGCCUCAGUGUUGAUUGUAAGCAAAUGCUGUUGCCGUGGAUUAUAAUAAUACUGACGACAACUUUAUUUGAUAUUCUCUAUACGAUUCUAUGGCUUUGCGAAACAUAUCGAAAAAGUGUGCAACAAAUUAAGAAAGAGGAAAGCCAUACAUUGAUUUUUUAUGGCAUAAUAUGCGUGGUAUCGCAGUAUCAGAUAUACAGACAACAGAGUGGACCAGUUCCCUACCCUUCCACAGAUAAAAAUUCAUUACCUCCGAUUGAGUUCCGGUUAAUACAGUUUCAUAACUCAAGAAAUCAACAAAAGGCAGACAAAGGCUCCAAAAAACACGAAUUGAAGGGAGAAAAUAAUUGCUUGAAAGUACCCAAACUAUAUGACAGCUCCAGUGGCAGUAGUGCCGUGGAGGACAUAAGCGAUGGAAGUCUAUUGACAACAGUCGACGAUCAAAAGUCGGAUUAUAAGCAUUUGGAGACCAAUUUGGAUAAAGAAAAAGAGUUUAUUUUACACAUGAAUUUA